AUGAUUCCUUUUCGAGGUAGAAUCAGUAUCAGGCAACAUGUCCCUGGCAAACCUUUCCCAGACGGGUUAAAAAUGUUUGUCCUAGCUUCUCCAAGUGGAAUGGUACUCGAUUUUGAAUUUUUUCAAACUAAAGAAGCAUUGCUAUCCAUUAUUGAAAAGCUGAAUGUUAAACCUGACAGAACCCUCACAACUGGUGAAGCAGCAGUAUUAAGGUUUGUGCGCAGUGUGGAUGCUGGCACAAGUAUCUUUUUUGAUAGAUUUUUUACAAGCUCAAACUUAUUGUGUGAUCUGUAUGACAGAGGCCUUCGAGGAACAGGCACAAUUAAGAAAAACAUGGUACCUAAAGAGGCUAAGCAAAUAUUAAAGACUGAGGCAACCUUGCGCAAAGAGGGCAGAGGGGCAUCCGAUUGCCAAGUCCGAAAUGAUAACAAGGUGGCUGUGACUGCUUGGUAUGACAAAAAGUUGGUACUAAUGGCUUCCAAUGAGUUCUCUAUUGAUGACGAAGAUAUAUGCCAGCGGUGGUCUAAGGCUACCAAUACCCAUGUUGGUGUAAAGAGGCCCCGUGUGGUAAGGGAGUACAACAGUGCCAUGGGGGUGUGGAUGUUCAUGACCAAAUAG